UGGAGACCUUGUGCCACAAACACUUCCAUUAAAAUAUAAGUCACCAUACAAAAAUCAUCCAACGGCUCACAUUCACUUAAAAAAGGCUAGGAGGAUAUAUUAUCCUUCUCACUUUGCUUCCUUCCUCUUAUUCAUUCCCAACUAUUCCAAACUUUCAUACAAUUUUCCUGUGGAGAUUAAAACAAGCUUAAAAAUGGCUUCCUUGACAAUGGUCUUUCCUCCGGUGGUGACCAGCUGGGCAACCGGCCAAGUGUACGCUGCAACAGCGGCCAAGGGAGGAAGCAAAGAAGAGAAGGGUCUGCUUGAUUGGAUCCUUGGAGGGCUAGCAAAGGAGGACCAGCUGCUUGAGGUUGAUCCAAUCCUGAAGAAGGUUGAGGACAAGAAUGGUACCGUCAGCGGCAGCAAGGGCACUGUGGUUGUGCCGCCGAAGAAGAAGCAGGGUGGCUUCGGAGGCCUUUUUGCCAAGAAGGACUGAUCAUUUGGAUGAUUGGUUCCCACACACUGGCAUUUCAGGCAGUAUUCUGUCUCAUUUGCUUUCUGUACUCAUUGAUCAUUGUGGAACAUGUUAAGCUGUGUUAAAUUCUUCA